AUCUUGUCCUCCAUCUAUGUAUGAUUUUUGAACAUAUAUAAUUAUGCAUAGGGUCAGCCUGGGAACUGAUGUUCAAAAACUUCUCCACACACAAUCAAUCCGCGGCAAGAAUUAUCCCCUAUUUUGAACAGACCACAACUACCAAAUUUAACGCCACCAUUCUUGACUCAUCUUUACCACCAGACCUAUGUCACCGAGUCCAACUCACACAAUCACCAUUCAAUCAAUCUCACUCCCUUCUUGGGUCCGCUCAAAACAAAUAAUCAACCACUUUUAGUACCCUAGCUGCAGGUUUACCCUAGCUAUACCAAAUUUAUUCAACUAGGUUCGUUCAAUCUGAAGCCGAAGAUGUCCUUUUCGGUGAUUCGGAGACGAUAUGGGCCGAUAGCGAGGAGAAGAAGAGGAAGAGUCAGACGAAAAGCACAAAUACAAGAAACUAAUGCAACAUAGAUAGCUUCCUUUUGGUGAGCGAUUUUAUGUUAUGGGGUGCAUUUAAGUGUCUUUCGUUUUUUUGUUCUAAUGACUUUUGAGUUUAUAUAAAAUCAAAUGAGUAUUGCUAUUUUACCAUUGGAUUGAGACAGUUUUUUUUUGAAGAUUCAUGAAAAGUCAAAUAAUUCAUUUAAUAAUGUCUUUCAAUUAAGCGGUUAAAUAUGGAGAACUUAUUACUCAAAUAAAAUUCGUUGUCUUACAUUGUUUUUUCGAAGAAUUACUCACUUGUUACUAGUUUAAGGUGGUCGAAAUUGUUCAAAUUUGAGACCUUAAUUGGGAAUAUCUUUAUGAAGUUCUUGAGAAUUUUAAGUACUUGUUGUUCAAUUUGGUCCAAGGAAUGGUAGUUGUUUGGUAUUAUUGGAUUAAUUCAGCCAUUAUUAGUUUUUGGAAUGUUAACAAGUUUAGUUUGAACCUUUGAGGGUUAUUUUAUCUUUUAUCAUGGUUGAUUGUUUUGUGUUGAAAUGCUCACCUCCAUGGGUUCUAACCAAAUUAAUGCGCAAGAGGUUCAUGUAAUUUAGACAGUAGAGAUCUGGCAGUCACAUUUUACAUUUUAUCGGUGUUUACGGUUUGGUAAAAAUUAGAUUGUAUCCCUUUUCCUAAUAAGAACUUGAAGGUUCCAAUUUUGAACCCAGAACUAGAUUGAAGGAGUCUGGUGAUCUUGCUCUGAUUUUGAUCCUGAACUGAACUUGGUUCCCUCAUUAAACUUACUGAUAGUAGGGUAGGGGGUCCUUGCUAAACGUACUCGAGUCAUAUGAUGUCUUAACUGUAUGGUUCAAUACUUACACAUGGAGUAAUUACCAAGCUACGAUGGUGCAUUACAGAUUACCGAACAUGUCCCGUAUUAAACUAAUCCUGUGCCACAUGGGAGAAUUAAUAAUCACAUAUAGAAGUCCGGAAAUUAAAAAUUAUGGUACUGGUAAAAGAAACAUGGAACCAAAUCUUUCUUUUUCUGGCUUUUUCUAUAAGAAACUAAAAGGAAUUCUAAACUAUGGUUACACGCCAAAAAUGGUAUCAAGUAAGGAAGCAGAGCCUAGCCCCUUCACAUAUUUUUUUAUGCUGGCGGUGGACAAUUAAGAUCCUCAAAUCAGGUGAUAACAGUAUUAUGUUUUCUCCCAGCUGGGGAUCACCUUGUGUAAUAUAUGAAAGUCCUAUAUCACAAUUAUUGGAUAAAAUGUACCUUAAAAAAAGGUAUGGAGUCACUACAUUAUAAUAAAAACAAUCAUUUAGGUGAAUUAAUAUAAACAAACACACAUAACUUAUACAGACAUUGUUGGAUUCACUGCUCAAGAUUCCUGGACACCUACAAUUAAUAUUGAAAAGUAAAGAAGUGGGGCAGAGUGACAAGAAAAAGAAAAAGCCAAAGCUUCAACUUAAAGUUGAGGAUAUUGAUUUCAUUGGAAGCAAGAAGCAGAUUCAGCUGGCUUUAUUCCAUUUGAGAUGAGUAUAUAAGGCCAGGCAGAUUGCAAGCAGAACACAAGCCCUCUUUACUACUCUCAUCAAUCUGUCUCUUGCUCCUACUUUCCGUACGCCAACAUGGCCAACAAGUUAACUCCUGCAGGUUCAUACCUCCAACCCCAAACUCCUACAGGUUCAUACCUCCAACCCCAAACUCCUGCAGGUUCUUCCCUCCAACCCCAAACUCCUGCAGGUUCUACCCUCCAACCCCAAACUCCUACAGGUUCAUACCUCCAAUCCCAAACUCCUACAGGUUCAUACCUCCAACCCCAAACUCCUGCAGGUUCUGCCCUCCAGCCCCAAACUUCUGCAGGUUCAUACCUCUAUCCCCAAACUCCUGCGGGUUCAUACCACCAACCCCAAACUCCUGCAGGUUCAUACCUCCAUCCCCAAACGCCUGCAGGUUCUGCCCUCCAACUGAUGAAAAGUCCUGACCGCAGGAGCAUGUUCGUGUCUUCCGAUGACAGCAUCAUGAUGAGGCAAAUUCUGGCUACUCAUGCUCCUGAUGGCCGUGAGGUUAAUGUUAAACCUCUUCUCUACGUCGUUGAGGACAUCCUCCGCCGUUCCACCCUCAAUGUUGAUGGCCUUUUACUGGAUGGUACCCAAGCACAAAAGGAAAACAUGGAAGACAAAAGCAAUCAAGCCGGUGUUGAUCUCAUGCUUGACUCAUUGUUAUAUACAAUUGAACGGAUCUCCUGCGAGAUGGAAAGCAAGUGUUUGAGUGGAGCAGAAGGACACGCAACAACACUCCCUCUGUUUAAUGUGUUAUCAGAGUUUUCAUGGGAGGCUAAGCUGGUGCUAACCUUAGCAGCUUUUGCUUUAAAAUAUGGGGAAUUCUGGCUCCUUUGCCAGAUUUACUCAUCAAACCAACUUGCAAAAUCAAUGGCAAUCCUUAGGCAAUUACCCAUCAUCAUGGAGCACUCGGGCUCAUUGAAAUCGCGGUUUGAUGCACUUAACAAUCUCAUCAGGGCCAUCUUGGAUCUGACAAGGUGUAUCGUGGAGUUGAAGGAUUUACCAUCUAUCUACAAGCAACAGGAAAUACCAGCAUUGACCACGGCCAAUGCUACUAUCCCAACUGCUGUCUAUUGGGCCACCAGAGGUGUCAUUGUUUGCGCAGCUCAGAUUAUCAAUCUCAGUGCCACUGGCCACAACCUACAGGAGUCAUGGGAACUAUCAACCUUGACUCACAAGAUCAACAGCAUACUCGAGCAUCUUAGGAAACAACUGUUUACUUGCUACCAACACAUAGAGGAAUGGAGGAAUGUUGAAGCUUAUGAUGCACUGCAGCACAUAUUUGAAAUGAUCCACAUUGACAACAUGAAAGUUCUCAAAGCCCUAAUUUACGCCAAGGAUGAUCAGCCACCACUCCUUGAUGGUGUUUCAAAGAAAAGGGUGAACCUUGAAGUUCUGAGGAGGAAGAAUGUGUUAUUGCUGAUAUCUGGCCUAGACAUUUCCCAGGACGAGCUUUCGGUUCUGGAGCAGAUUUACAAUGACUCAAGGAUCCACGCAUAUGAGGUGGUGUGGAUGCCAAUUGUGGAACAUUGGGUCCAGUGGACUGAACCCAUGCAGAAGCAGUUUGAGAGCCUGCAGGCCACAAUGCCAUGGUUCUCGGUGAACCACCCUUCAUUGAUUGAGAAGCCGGUCAUCAGGUUCAUCAAGGAGAAAUGGCACUUCAGGAACAAGCCUAUCCUUGUGGUGCUCGACCCACAAGGAAAGGUGUUAAGCCCUAAUGCAAUCCACAUGAUGCUGAUAUGGGGAAGUGGUGCCUUCCCUUUCACUAGCUUGAGAGAGGAAGCUCUUUGGAAUGAAGAGAUUUGGAGGCUUGAAUUGCUGGUGAAUGGCAUUGACCAAACAAUUCUGAAUUGGAUAAGAGACGGAAAAUACAUAUUCGUGUAUGGAGGGGAUGACAUUGCGUGGAUUAGAAAAUUUACAACCACAGCGCGCUCUGUGGCAUUGGCUUCUGGCAUCCCAUUAGAGAUGGUGUAUGUGGGAAAGAGCAGCAAAAGGGAGCAAGUCCGGCGUGUCAUCUCGACCAUCAUGAUGGAGAAACUGAGUCACUGCUGGCAAGAGAUGGCCAUGAUAUGGUUUUUCUGGACCCGUUUAGAGAGCAUGCUGUUCUCCAAGAUUCAACUAGGUAGAGGCGAUGACAAUGACCCCAUGAUGCAGGCGAUCAAGAAAAUUCUCAGCUACGACAAGAGUGGUGGAUGGGCCGUGCUGAGCAACGGAUCAUCCGUGGUGAUCAAUGGACACAGCAGCACUGUGUUGCCUGCAUUGUCGGAAUACGAUAUGUGGAAGGAAAAUAUAUCUGUCAAAGGCUUCGACCCAUCGAUUAAGGAGUACCAUGACAAGCUUCACAGCGCGGCUCAUCCAUGCUGUCGUUUCGAGUUUCCGACCACUGCCGGGAGGAUUCCGGAGAAUAUGAAAUGCCCAGAGUGCCUCCGCAGUAUGGAGAAGCACUCUACUUUUGUCUGCUGCCAUGACGAAGGUGGUGCUGUAAGCGCCCUAUAUUGAGUCAUUACUAUAUAUGUAGUUUGAUUAUGUACACUAUACUGCUAUAGUGACUAAAAUAAUGUAUGUCGUGUGAACUACUUUUAUCUACUACUGUAUUUAGUAUGAUUUGAGUUUGAGAUACUAAAGGUCUGAUGCUGUUAAUAAAACUCUUCAGUGAUAUUGUAAUGGCACAAUUUAUAAUGAUAAGCUAAAGGGUGUUUUUUGAAUAGUAA